GGCGGCUGGUGCAGCCUACGCUUGCCCGACCACAGCCUGCCGCCCGCGGAGCCGGAGCCCAGGCCCCAGCGCGCCGGGCUGGACGUGGGGCUCCUGGGCCGCGGCGGCGGGCAGGCGAUGCUCCAGAGGCCUGAGCAGCCAUGGAGGCCGAGGCGGGCGGCCUGGAGGAGCUGACGGACGAGGAGAUGGCGGCGCUGGGCAAAGAGGAGCUGGUGCGGCGCCUGCGACGGGAGGAGGCGGCGCGCCUGGCGGCUCUGGUGCAGCGCGGCCGCCUCAUGCAGGAGGUGAAUCGGCAGUUGCAGGGUCACCUGGGCGAGAUCCGCGAGCUCAAGCAGCUUAACCGGCGCUUACAGGCCGAAAACCGCGAGCUGCGCGACCUCUGCUGCUUCCUGGACUCGGAGCGCCAGCGCGGGCGGCGUGCCGCGCGCCAGUGGCAGCUCUUCGGGACCCAAGCAUCCCGAGCGGUGCGCGAGGACUUGGGCGGUUGUUGGCAGAAGCUGGCCGAGCUGGAGGGCCGCCAGGAGGAGCUGCUGCGGGAGAACCUGGCGCUUAAGGAGCUCUGCCUGGCUCUGGGCGAGGAGUGGGGCCCCCGGGGCGGCCCCGGCGGCGCGGGGGGCUCAAGCGCCGGGCCGACACCCGAGCUCGCUUUGCCCCCCUGCGGGCCCCGCGACCUGGGCGAUGGAAGCUCCAGCACGGGCAGCGUGGGUAGUCCCGACCAAUUGCCCCUGGCCUGCUCCCCAGAUGACUGAGGGCUCAGCUUCCUUCUUGUCGACGCCCGACCAGAUUGCUUCCCAAAGCGCAGGGACUGCGGUGGACCUCGGGACCUAGACGCCGUCCCCCCUCGCACGACGGGCCGCUGGCAUGGAUCUGGAAACUCUGGCACUGAGGAGGGCCCCUUGCUCUCGCUGGUGUGGCGGCAGGGGAACUGGAUGCUGGAGAGAAGGGACUUGCCGGGGACGGGGUGGGGGCUAAUAAACUGGAACGGAAGCAGA